AUGGCCAGAUUUACCAGUGGUAGAACUAAUAAUAAUCAUCAUCAUGGUCAUGGCCAUGGUCAUGGUCAUGGUAAUAAUAACUUAAAGAAGAUUAGGUCACCUAAUAUUGAAUCUGAAUUAAAGGACUUACUAAACGCUCCAGAAAAUUCCAAUAAAUGUGGUGAAUGUGGAUCUGCCUAUCCAACUUGGUGCUCUUUAAAUUUAGGUAUCUUUUUAUGUGGUAGAUGUGCAUCUGUUCAUAGAAAGAUUUUGAAUAAUAGAGAGGAUGAUGUUUUCUCUAAGAUUAAAUCAUUGUCUCUUGAUAGGUGGUACGAUGAUGAUAUUGAUUCGUUUAGUAAAUUAGGUGGGAAUAAAGGUAAUAAUCAAUUUUGGAAUCCAAAGAGGGAACCUUUUCCAUUUGAUGGUGAUGAUGAUAAGUCUAUUGUAGAACAUUUUAUUAGAGACAAGUAUAUUGUGGGGAAAUUCAGAUACGAUGAUGUUAAACCUGAAGAUUUCGGAAAUAAAGAUGAUUUUGACACGGAUCAUAGAUCAUAUUCAAGGAGGUCAUCCUAUGAUGAUACAGACGACUAUGGCUAUUCAAGAAGUACAGAUAGUUCAAAUAGAGGAUUUAAAUAUUCAAGACAACUUGAGGAGUUGAGAGAUAUGGGAUAUAACUCAAAUAUUUCAAGAAUAAAAGACACCCUUGAAAGGACACAUGGUAAUAUAAAUAAGACCAUUGACAUUUUGGAAAGAUAUGAUAGUACCAGUUCAUUUUCAAGAGAGACCAGUCAUCAUACUACGGCACAUUCUACGGCACCUUCUUCUUCUGGAAGUGGGGCAAUCAAUAAUCCCCCAUUGCCAAAGAGACGUUCGACGCUGUCGGGUCCACAGCCGGCCGUAUUUGAUGGGUCUACAGAUAUUGCUUCCUUAGUUGCCCAACAAACAGCUGCUGUAGGUGCUGGUGCAGCAGGCUUGGUACCAGGGUCAGUCCAACAAUAUUAUGAUCCAGCAACUGGUAUGAUAUAUGUCGAUCAACAACAGUAUAUGCUAGCUAUGCAACUGCAGCAGCAACAACAGCAACAGCAACAGCAACAGCAUGUAUUGCAAGCACAACUACAACAACAGCAACAAGCUGUUCCGCAAAUGGGUAUGCAAUUUCAACAAGUUCCAACUGGUCUUCCAAUUAUCUAUAAUGGUGUCCAAAUAUUUCCGAACAAUCCACAAUACCAGCAAUUAUUAAUGUUACAACAGCAGCAACAGCAACAGCAAAAGCAACAAAAUAUGGGGUACUUCCAAUAA